AAAACCGAGGUUUUAGCUAAACAGACUCCGACUUCAUUCAAAUUUGCUACCGACAAAAUGGCAUCGCCCAUCGCAUCCGCUCACCUUCGCGUGGCCCGCCCAACAAACAACAUCAACGCCCUGCUGCCCUUCUACGUCGACGGUCUAGGAUUCAGAAAGAUUGGCGAAUUUCGUGAUCAUGAUGGCUUCGAUGGUCUAAUGCUCGGUCAUGAGGGUGCAGGCUAUCAUCUUGAGUUCACUGCUAAGCGUGGGCAUGACGCCGGGAGAUCACCCACGCAGGACAAUCUCAUGAUCUUCUAUCUGCCUGAGAAGGAGAAAUUCGAUGAUGCAGUUGCGCGUAUGGAGAGAGCAGGCAUUGUUUCUGUGACGAGCUUUAAUCCGUAUUGGGAUCAGUGCGGCAAGACUUUUGAGGAUGCUGAUGGCUAUCGCGUGGUGUUGGCAAAUAUGAGCUGGAAUUUGUGAAGAGAUGAGUGAGCUGCCUCACAAGUGAUAUACUGUAGACUAUAUCAUCUUCAGCAAUAGUGACAGAUCUUCAGCUCCACAUCACUUGUUUUGCCCUUGUAGACCAGCUACGAGAAUUUUAAUAUACAUAAGAAAGAAGAUCCCACGAAAACCUAUCCCAGCAUAUUCUGAAUCUUUAACCAAUGGGGUCUCAUCUACCUGAUAACAGUUCUUCCCAUUCAACGUCCUAAUUCAUAACCGAGUGGUGCUUACGGCCCUUAUGCUUGUGGGUCUUCGGCCUCCUUGCACGACAUCCCUUUCCUGGCUCUUCCGUAACUUGAGGAAUUGCUGCGGCAGUUGUCAUAGAAGAAUAAUGGUCGCUUACGGCAGAUGGCUUUACUGUAACGGUCUCGGCGCCCUCAUCAGCUGUCGCAGUCUUCGAUGCAGAGGUAGUAUGGACUGUCGCUAGGGUCGUUGACGUUGGCUGACUCUUUGACGUCUUUGCAGUUGGUUCAGGGCCAGCAGUGGAGGACUUCGCCGGUU